CCGUUUCAUUCCCCACUAUGAAACUCACAAUGAAGCUAUUGAAUGCCAUCCUUGUCUUGGCAUUAGUCUGCAGUGUGUGCGCUGCUCCAAUCAAAGAUGUGUCAGUGACAUCAGUCGAUCUUUCUGAAGCUCCAAUGAACAACAAGGGAGAUGAGCACCUCUAUAUUACAGUUACCCGUGUUGACGACUUGGUUGACGACGAUGGUUCUCUUCUUGCCGAACGUGUUAUGGCUGUCCGUGUCCAAUUCGAUGUUCUUGAACAGCAGCUGCGCUGCAAUGGUGUGCCCGUGCAAAUUGGUGUAUCAAAUAUCCAAAUCGAGGCCCAGAUGGCUGCCAACCCAGCCAAGCUUUCGAUUGAGUCUGCUGAAGAUGCCGCAGUCCUUGAAGACAGCUUUGACAUUGGCCUGGCUACCGUUGAAGUCAAUGUGUCUUUGAUGGACCAGAUGACAACCGAGGAUGGCCUUACCUUCCGCCGCCUCUUGGUCCAAGAACGUAUUACCGAAAUCAACGGACUCGAGGUAGUCCAGACUGAAGCCGGCCAGCAGGUCCUUGACGUAUUUGACAAUGGCAAGCUUACCCAAUGGGGCGUCGAUCCCUUGACUGGCUUUAUGCUGCCCGAACCCCAAGCAAAUGCUGACCAGAAAGCAGAGGAGUUUGGUAUCAUGUCUGACUCUCAGACUACCGGAUGUGCAGGUGCCUUUGUUGCCGACUGGUGGAAUACCCAGACCACCAUGGUCCGCAGUCUUAUCACUGGUACCCUCUGCGCCGCCCUGUUCCUCAUUGCUGUUGCAAUCCGCCAGUUGAUUGUCACUGCCAGUCCUUAUGAGUCUGUCAGCCAAGAAGCCGAAGACCAGGUUAUCUGGCAAAAGGCCUCCAUCAAAGAAGAAGAUGAGAAGCGUCCUUUUAUCUCUCAACAGUAAAUACAUAGCAUAGCAUAACAAAUCCUAAUGGAAAACCCCCAAAUUCAAAUUCAAAUAAAAUAUAUAUCUACUAUAUC